UCACUCAGCCUCGGGGAGCGUCGUUACCCGGCCUCGGCCCCGGCCCCCAGGGAGUGUCGUCACCAGUCCCCGAACCCUGGGCCCUGGUUCCCAGCCCCCUUCACCCCCGCACCCUCACCCAAUGAAUGAGCCGUAGGCCUCGCCCCCGGCAGCCUCUCGGAAUGAAGGUGGGAGGGGGCGCUGGGCGUGUCCCGCCCCAGCUCCUGCGGCGGUGGCCGCGCUGGCCCGCCGACCGCCUGGCAGGGCUCUCCUAGGCCACGGAGCAGAGACCGAGGGCUGGCUGGUGCCCCUGGCGGCGUCUGGGGCGGGCACCAAAGCCCUCUUGGGAAGGAAGUCUCUGUCGCAGGCCGACAGCUCCAAAGCAUCGGGGAGGAGAGGUCAAAUGGACAGGAGGGCACCGUUCGUUUCUUGGCUUCGGAGCGGUCGCCAGCCCUGGCACCCAGAUGUCCCCCUGCGUCUACGUGCGGGGGAGGUCAGAGGGCCUAACCUGAGGCCUGUCCCCAAGGCCUAGAACCUUUGGGGGUGAAGGGCCGCCUGGGCAGAAUGUCAGGAUGGAUGAGGGGGACACGCCCCUGCUCCCCGACAGCCUGGUCUACCAGAUCUUCCUGAGCCUGCGCCCUGCGGACGUGCUGGCCGCAGGGCUGGUGUGCCGCCAGUGGCAGGCUGUGUCCCGGGAUGAGUUCCUCUGGAGGGAGCAGUUCUACCGCUACUACCAGGUGGCUCGAGAUGUGCCCCGACACCCAGGGGCCACGUCCUGGUACGAGGAGUUCCGGCGGCUCUAUGACACGGUGCCCUGCGUGGAGGUGCAGACGCUCCGGGAGCACACCGACCAGGUGCUGCACCUCAGCUUCUCCCACUCGGGCUACCUGUUUGCCUCCUGCUCCAAGGACUGCACCGUGAAGAUCUGGAACAACGACCUGCUCAUCUCGCUGCUGCACAGCGCGGACAUGCGACCCUACAACUGGAGCUACACCCAGUUCUCCCAGUUCAACCAGGAUGACUCGCUGCUGCUGGCCUCUGGGGUGUUCCUGGGGCCCCACAACGCGUCCUCCGGCGAGAUCGCUGUCAUCAGCCUAGAGAACUUCACGCUGCUGUCCCGUGUCCGCAACAAGCCUUACGAUGUGUUCGGCUGCUGGCUCACGGAGACCAGCCUGAUCUCAGGGAACCUGCACCGCAUCGGGGACGUCACCUCCUGCUCUGUGCUCUGGCUCAACAACGCCUUCCAGGACGUGGAGUCCGAGAACGUCAACGUGGUGAAGCGGCUGUUCAAAAUCCAGAACCUCAACGCCAGCACCAUCCGCACAGUGAUGGUGGCGGACUGCAGUCGCUUUGACAGCCCGGACCUCCUGCUGGACGCCGGGGCGCCCCCCGGCCGUGUCUUUGACCUGGGUGGUGACAAGGAGGACGAGGAGGACAAGGACGAAGCAGCUGGCCUGGCCCCAGUACGGGCCAAGGAGGGCUGGCGGCGCCUCCCAGACAGACUCCUGGACAGGCGGACACAGCCACAGCUGGCGGAACGCGCACUGGAGACCAAGGUGGCGGAGCUGCUGGCUCAGGGUCGCACGAAGCCCCCAGAGUGCAGUGCGGCCAGUGCUCUGGACAAGCUCCUUAUUUUCACCACGGGCUGCCUCACCUACUCGCCACACCAGAUCGGCAUCAAGCACAUCCUUCCGCACCAGAUGACUACGGCUGGGCCAGUGCUGGGCGAGGGGCGGGGCUCCGACGCCUUCUUCGAUGCCCUGGACCACGUGAUCGACGUGCGGGGGCACAUUAUUGGCAUGGGCCUGUCCCCGGACCACAGGUACCUGUACGUGAACAGCCGCGCCUGGCCCAGCGGCUCGGUGGUGGCCGACCCCAUGCAGCCCCCGCCCAUCGCUGAAGAGAUUGACCUGCUGGUGUUCGACCUGAAGACCAUGCGGGAGGUGAAGCGGGCUCUGCGCGCACACCGCGCCUACACACCCAACGACGAGUGCUUCUUCAUCUUCCUGGACGUCAGCAGGGACUUCGUGGCCAGUGGCGCCGAGGACCGGCACGGCUACAUCUGGGACCGCCACUACAACAUCUGUCUGGCCAAGCUGCGGCACCAGGACGUGGUCAACUCAGUGGUCUUCAGCCCCCAGGAGCAGGAGCUGCUGCUGACCGCCAGCGACGACGCCACCAUCAAAGCCUGGCGCUCGCCCCGCACUGUGCGCAUCCACCAGGCUCCGCGCCCACGCAGCUUCUUCUCCUGGUUUGCCAGCCAGAGGCGCUGAGGGGACUGGCCAGGAAGGAGGAUGCCUUGGACGCUGUGGCUCUUUCCACGGCCGCAUUGCUGCCCGGACCAUGGCGGGGGUGGGGUGGGGCAGAGAAGCUCGCAGCAAUAACGCCUUAGGAGAGGGGUCUGGCGCUGAGCGGACAGCCGGGCCCCACCACGCUCGCACGCAUACGCCACCUCCUGUGGCCUCAAAGCUUAGCACUGGGGCGCUGGGUGGCCGCCUGGCUGACUUGGGGCACACAGGACACUGGGAACCUCAUUCUUCACCCACCCCUUCCCCUGGUCCUGGACCCUAGGACUUCAGUGCACUAGGCUCGGCCAGGCCUGUGGGCCCCGGUGGCCUUCCUGGUCAGACCCUGCCCUGGGAGCCCCACUCUGGUCGGUGGUGCGAGUCUGCCCAUUGUAGGAGGCCCAGGCGAACUGCAUGUCACUAGUCGCCUGCUCAGGACUUGAAUAAACAGUUGGCCACAGCA